GUUGAAACAGGGCAAACUCAUAAAAGGAGGAGAACAUCUGAGCCAUCUGAAAUUGAAGAGAGACUAGAAUCUUUAAUAUGCAGAGUGGGUGAGAAGAGUACUUCAUCUUUGGAGAGCAAUUUGGAAGGCCUAGCUGGUGUCCUGGAGGCUGACUUACCAAACUACAAGAGCAAGAUAUUAAGAAUUCUUUGUACAGUUGCACGUCUAUUACCAGAAAAGCUUACUGUCUACACAACACUAGUUGGGUUGCUGAAUGCCAGGAACUACAAUUUUGGUGGGGAAUUUGUAGAAGCCAUGAUUCGUCAACUCAAAGAAUGUUUGAAAGUCAAUAUGUAUAAUGAAGCUGUGUAUUUAGUUCGUUUUCUUUCUGAUCUUGUGAAUUGUCAUGUAAUAGCUGCACCUUCAAUGGUAGCCAUGUUUGAGAACUUUGUGAGUGUGACUCAAGAGGAAGAUGUACCCCAGGUGCGGAGUGAUUGGUAUGUAUAUGCAUUUCUGUCAUCUCUGCCCUGGGUAGGGAAAGAAUUGUAUGAGAAGAAGGAUGCAGAGAUGGACCGUCUCUUAUCACAAACAGAAAGCUAUUUGAAACGGCGUCAGAAAAUUCAUGUACCCAUGUUGCAAGUUUGGACUGCUGAUAAACCGCAUCCACAAGAAGAGUACUUAGACUGUCUUUGGGCUCAAAUUCAGAAGUUGAAAAAAGAUCGCUGGCAGGAAAGACACAUUCUGAGGCCCUACCUUGCCUUCGACAGCAUCCUCUGUGAAGCGUUACAGCACAACCUGCCUCCUUUUACUCCUCCACCUCACACUGAAGACUCAGUUUACCCAGUGCCAAGAGUUAUUUUUAGAAUGUUUGACUAUACAGAUGAUCCUGAGGGCCCUGUUAUGCCUGGCAGUCAUUCUGUUGAAAGAUUCGUAAUAGAAGAGAAUCUUCACUGCAUAGUCAAAUCCCACUGGAAAGAGAGGAAGACUUGUGCUGCACAGUUACUGAGCUAUCCAGGAAAUAACAAGAUCCCUUUGAAUUACCACAUAGUUGAGGUAAUAUUUUCAGAGUUGUUUCAGCUUCCAACUCCACCACACAUUGAAGUUAUGUACACAACGCUUCUUAUUGAACUAUGCAAACUUCAGCCUGGCUCCUUACCACAAGUUCUUGCGCAAGCCACAGAAAUGCUGUAUAUGCGUUUGGAUACAAUGAAUACUAUAUGUGUAGACAGGUUCAUUAAUUGGUUUUCUCAUCAUCUGAGUAACUUUCAGUUCCGCUGGAGCUGGGAGGAUUGGUCAGACUGUCUUACCCAAGACCCUGAAAAGUCUAAGGCCAAAUUUGUAAAAGAAGUCUUGGAAAAAUGCAUGAGACUUUCCUACCAUCAGCGAAUAAUAGACAUUGUUCCUGCAAGUUUUUCUGUCUUGAGUCCUGCAAAUCCAGUGUGUAUAUACAAGUAUGGAGAUGAAAGUAACAGGUCUCUUCCAGGAUAUACUGUUGCACUCUGUUUGACUAUUGCUAUUAAAAAUAAAGCCAGUAAUGAUGAAAUCUUCAGCAUCUUAAAAGAUGUGCCCAAUCCUAACCAGGAUGAUGAUGAUGAUGAAGGGUUCACCUUCAACCCUCUCAAAAUAGAAGUUUUUGUACAAACUCUACUCCAUCUAGCUGCCAAGUCCUUCAGCCACUCCUUCAGUGCCCUCGCAAAGUUUCAUGAAGUCUUCAAAACGCUUGCUGAAAGUGAUGAGGGGAAGCUCCAUGUCCUAAGGGUUAUGUACGAGGUGUGGAAGAACCAUCCACAGAUGAUUGCUGUGCUUGUUGACAAGAUGAUCCGAACACAGAUUGUCGACUGUGCUGCAGUAGCAAACUGGAUCUUCUCUUCAGAGCUUGCUCAUGAUUUUACUAGGUUCUAUAUCUGGGAAAUCUUACACUCUACAAUUCGUAAGAUGAACAAGCAUGUUCUCAAGAUCCAAAAGGAACUAGAGGAGACCAAAGCAAGAUUAGCCAGACAACACAAACGACGAGACAGCGAUGAUGAUGACUAUGAUGAUGACCGAAGCAGUGACAGGGAGGAUGGACCAUUGGAAGAGCAAAUAGAACGCUUGCAGGAAAAAGUGGAGUCUGCUCAGAGUGAGCAAAAGAAUCUCUUCCUUGUUAUAUUCCAGCGUUUCAUUAUGUUGUUAACUGAGCAUUUGGUGCGAUGCGAAACUGGUGGGAUUGAUGUAGUCACGCCCUGGUACAAGAGCUGUAUAGAGAGGCUGCAGCAGAUCUUCUUGCAGCAUCACCAGAUUAUUCAGCAGUACAUGGUGACCCUGGAGAACCUUCUGUUUACAGCUGAACUGGACCAUCACAUAUUGGCUGUAUUUCAGCAAUUCUGUGCUUUGCAAGCUUGAAAUAUUUUCACAAUGCAGAGUCUUAGCUGGUGGACUUAAAUUGAUUUAAUAUUUUUUAAAAAUGGGAACAUGACUUGGGAAAGAGAGAACCUUUUUAUUUCAAGAUGGUUUAACAUGCUCUCCUAUAUAACUGAUACCAUACUAUAACAAAUGGCAACUAUUUUAGCAUCCUAGGCCUUAUUAGUUAUGGUUGGUAGGGAAUUGGUGUGGAAUAAUGUAUGAACUUUUUUAAUUUUGUCGUUUUUAAUUUUGGUUUGUUGACUCCAUUAUAGUAUUUGUGUUUUGUUUUUUUUUCUCCCAUUUAUAUAAAAAAAAGCCAAAAAAUUAUAGAUUUGGUUACCUCUGCCUGACCUGUCAAGCAAAGUUAAUUCCCUAAUUACAGUAAUGUGAAAACAGAUGAUAGGAUGUUUUAGUGAAUGUAACAAAUGCAAGUUUUCAGUGAGCAAUUUGAUAAAUUCUCAGUAGUCAGACAGAAAUUAUCUUAACUUUGGAUAUCCUAACUUUGGGCAUGUGAAAUGCAGUCAAGCUUACAGAGUGGUCUAGAGCUUAUGGAUCUAGAUUACCAAAACGAUAGCUUUUCGUGGUUUGAAAGAACCUGAUUGAAAUACAAUUGAAAUAUGUUUUUUAAACUUUGUCUGGUGUCUUAUUGCAGUAGCUGAAACGUUUGUGCCGUUUAUAGAACUAACUGCAAAGGAUUUUGUAAUAAACUUAGGAAAAUAUUGUA